AUGGGUCUCUUCUCGCGCAAGAGCAGCAGUCGGGGACACAGCAACGGCAACGGCAACAACCACAACGACGCCCACCUCCAACCUCACGCCAACGGAGCUGUGAAGGCGCCCUUUGGUAUGAACCGCGCCAAUAGUAAUCCUGCGCAGAACGCAGUCAUGCCCAACAUACCGCUCCCCAAGGCGCCGGACCCGAACAUAGACCCGGCGGGCUACUUGCGGAGCAUCUAUGCAGUGCGCGAGAGGAGUAAGCUGGUGCUGGAGAAGGCGAGGCGGAAUCAGCUACGGCAUUUUCAUGUGGAUAUGAGCAAGUUCAAUGACACGGCGAAAUUUGUGGUGUCAAUCAUCAAGCGCGACUUCGAUCCAAACUACCACGAGAUCCCACCACACGGCAGAUGGCAGCAUUUCGAGGUGGGCGGGCGGCCGAGGGUGGACCAGCUGAUGGCAACCUGGCCAAGCACAGUUGAUGCUCAGGAGCGGACGCGGAGGCUAAUUGAUCUGUUCCUGGUCUCAGUGCUUCUAGAUGCAGGCGCAGGCACGAAGUGGCAAUACAAGUCAAAAGAGAGCGGCAAGAUCUUCCGGCGGAGUGAGGGGCUGGCAGUUGCGAGUUUGGAGAUGUUUAAGAUGGGUCUCUUUUCGAGCAACCCUGACCAGCCAUUCCAGGUGGACAGCGGCGGCCUGAAGAAGUUGACGGUGGAGAAGAUGGGCAGAGGCUUGCAAGUGAACAACGACAACCCGAUUGACGGGCUCGAGGGCCGCACGAGCCUCCUAAUACGGCUAAGUGAUGCUCUACAGAACCAGGAGAUCUUUGGGCUGGAGGCCAGGCCUGGGAACAUGCUGGACUACCUGCUGUGUCAUCCUUCGACCCACGUGGCGGCCGUUCCGAUCAUACCUCUACCUACGCUCUGGACCACUUUGAUGGAUGGACUCUCGAACAUCUGGCCAAACACCAGGACUCAGGUGGAUGGUGUACCUCUAGGAGAUGCCUGGCCGUGCGCUUCGAUGCCAUCACACCCAACACAUCCGUGGGAGAACAUUGUGCCAUUCCACAAGCUCACGCAAUGGCUUACAUAUUCGUUGAUGGUGCCAAUGCAGAAAUUGGCAAAUGUACAUUUCGUGGGCGUGGAGCUAAUGACCGGCCUACCGGAGUAUCGCAAUGGCGGUCUGCUUGUCGACACCGGCCUCCUUACCCUGAAACCAGACGACCAACAACGCGGCCUCGAUCAAUACCACAUGAACGCCACCCGCCAAGGCCAGCCCAACGUCGAAGUCGUCCCGCUCUUCACUGCCGACGACGACGUCAUCGUCGAAUGGCGCGCCCUCACCGUCGGCUUCCUCGACAUGCUGCUCGAGGAAGUCAACACCCUCCUCGACCUGAAGGGCUCCAACAAGCUCAGCCUCGCGCAGAUGCUCGAGGCCGGCACGUGGAAAGGCGGACGAGAGAUCGCCGAGGUGUCACGGCCGAACACAAAGGAGCCGCCGAUCAUGAUCCUGUCCGACGGCACUGUGUUCUAG